AUGGAGGAUGAUCAACCCUCCAAGCGGCGCCGUCGCAGCCGUCGCGCCCCCUCAGAUCGAAAGUUCGAGUGUACCCAUGAAGGCUGUGGCAAGAGUUACUCGCGCGCCGAACAUCUCUACCGGCACCAGCUCAACCACACACCCAAGCAAAUCUUCCGCUGCGACUUCCCCAACUGCUACCGAUCUUUCGUCCGACAAGACCUCUGCGUUCGCCAUCGCGAACGCCACACCACCCGCGGCUCCCAACUGCAAAAGCGCGACUCCUUCGCCGAUUCCCACGAUGAGCCCUCCAAAGCCCUCAUCUCGACCUCCUCCCCCUCCUCCCCUUCAAUGACCCCUGCAGAUUACUCUUUCAUGACCGAGCCACCCACCACAAACUCCAAAUCCCCACCAACAUCCACCUCCUACCCGCUCUCCACAGGCAUCGACACAGCCGGCAUCCCGGUCUCGGGAUACACAGAUUUCCCCGGUGUCGUCAGUCAGCCAGACACAAUGCUCGAAUUCGAGUCCAUGUCAAACUCAUACCCGAUCUUCGGCGGCGAGACAUAUAACCGCUCGCCUUUCGCCAUGGCAGAUGACUUCGCAGCGUGGUUAUUCAGUGAACCAAUGGCGCCGCUAGGCUACGGCAUGAUGCCCUUCGUUCAAAACCAGCACCAAAACCAAUUCUACGUUAACGAACCCAACUACAAUAAUUUCUGCACGGUCAUCCCGCAGCACCCGAUGAGUGUGACGUCGAUUUUAGACUCCAAUUCAUUACCCGCCAUCAUCUCCGAGGAAAAACGCCAGGAAUUACUCCACCUCAUGGCAACUCGCUUCAACGAAGCAGCCUACUCCGCCGACACAAAGCGCAAAGACGCCCUAAUGGACGGCGACCUCAACAGCGAUCGACACGUCCUCAGCUUGCGCAUGAUGCAAGCCUACAUCGGAUCAUAUUGGUACCACUUCCACACGCAAAUGCCAAUCCUGCACCAACCGACCUUCGCCGCAGACCGCACCCCGAAUUUACUCCUACUAGUGAUUAUGGCGAUCGGGGCUGCAUCACUAGACAAGAACCACGGCCAAGCGACGACAGAAACUGCGGCCGAAUUGGCAAAUUUCAUCGCGUGGCAUUUACGCUGGGAACUCUUCAUGGAUGCGGAUUUCCGUCCCCCCGCGAGACUUUGGGUCUUCCAGGCCCUUCUUUUACUAGAGGUUUUUGAAAAGACAUUUUCUACGCGCGCCCUUCAUGAACGUGCGCACAUUCACCACGAUACCACGCUUACGCUUAUGCGACGUGGUAGUUCGCUUAUUGGUCGUGCUUCGUUUGAUUCGCCCGAUACGAAGGAGGAAGAUGAGUCGUGGGCUCAUUGGAUAAAAGCGGAGGCUACGCGGCGUGUGGCUUUCGCUGCGUUUGUGCUCGACUCAACCCAUGCGACUAUGUUCGGGCACUCGGCUAAAAUGGUUGCGCAUGAGUUGAGACUUCCGCUUCCGUGUGACGAGGCACUUUGGGCGGCGACUAGUGCUGCGGAGGUUGCUAGGGUUCAAUCCAGCUUGCAGUCCCAUGGUGUGAGGCCGGUUAUGUUUCUUGAUGGACUUAAGCGGACGUUGAAUGGUCAGCCUGUGCGGACGAAUUCAUUUGGCCGGAUCAUUCUCAUGGCUGGAUUGUUGAGUGUGAGCUGGCAUUUGAAUCAGAGAGAUCUGCAGGUUAGUUCGCUGGGCGUCGGACAGACGCUCGGUGGUCGGGAUAAAUGGCGAACGUCCCUUCUUCGAGCCUUUGAUAAUUGGCGUCGGGAUUUCGACGAGGCGCUUGGUCCGGCGACUUCGACCGAGUCCGAGACUAGGGAUGUGUUGCAUGGUCUUGCGCAUAUGGCGUCUCAUGUGGAUAUUGUUGAUCUUCAGAUCUUUGCAGGCGCGGGUCGAUUGAUGGGUCGAUCUAUUACGGCGCGCGAUUACAGCACCGCGCGUGAGAAGACGGAGCGUUGGGCUACGAAGGCGUCGGCCCGUGAUGCUACCUUUUACGCAUUGAAGUUCCUACACGCUUGUUUCUCGGUGUCGAGUCCGGAUCCCGCACUGCGGUCGGCGGAGUAUAAUGCUCGUGAGGAUUAUUUACUUAAUCGGCCGUGGGUGAUGUAUUUUGCUGCAUUGGUGGUGUGGACGUAUGGGUUUGCGUUGGAUGGGCCAUUACGUCCGCCGCCGGUGCUGGUGACUCCGAUCGAUUGUCGAGCUGAUAUGCAGACCUUCUUGGCGAGGGUUGGUUCUGUUCGCGAACCGAAUGAUCUGGAGGGGAUGGAGGGUAGGAAUCGGUGUUUGGGACUGUUGAUGAUUCUGCGAGAUUCGUUUUCGAGGCCGCGGUGGGAGUUGCUGGGGGAGGCGGCGGCGCUGCUGGACAGCUGCAUUGCGAAAUUGAGGUCUUAG